AUGGGGCCACACCUUCAGUCAGCCAGAACCCUGGAGCCGCAGCACAGUCGCGGAAGCGAGCUCGUGUCGCACCCCAGAGACCCAGUGCGUUUGAGUCAUUCCCCAAGCAAUCAUCAUUUAGGUCCCAGCAGGUGCGAGGCCUUGACAAAAGAAGAAGACGAAGCAGCGGAACGGUUCGGCUCGGCCCGCUGCAACCAUGGGGGAGGAAUCAAUGAUGUCCGAGGUGUCGGAGUCGGACCUGAAAGCGAAGGGGGAUCGAAGGCUCCCAUAAUUGCCGUGGUGGUGAUCCUGCUGCUCCUGGGGACCAUCCUUAUUUAUUUCGUGAUAUCCUCCGGCGGGACAAGCGACAAUGUGACGGGCGAAGGCGACGCUAGCUCAGGCGGCGGCAAAGGCGACGGCGACGGAGGCUUCAGUGAUGGUAGCUCUGGAAACACCGCUUAUCGACCGGGGCCGUCCAAGACCACGAAGGCACCCCCGACCACGCAGCCACCCCCGACCACGCAGCGACCCCCAGCAACCAAUGCGGUGAAACAUAUUAAACUGACCUGUACCUUCGGCAGAAGUGGAGUGCUGAAGACUCAGCUGCCCCCUGACAAAAUGUGCGACUACAUAUUCUACACGCACAUAUACUACGACAUAACGAAGAAGAUGCUCACACCUUUGUAUGGUGUUAUGGCCGCCGAAGUUUUUACCCUUGCCCUAAGCUCCUACAGAACUACGACAUUCGGCUUCUCGUUCGCCCUUAGCCUCAUGCCCACCUUUUCACCACAGGACAAGGAUACCAUCGAAAUGCUCUUAAAAGCCCAAUUUGGAUAUGGAUUCAAGCACUUCGGUGCACUGGACGUGGAUGUCCGCGACUACGCCGCCGCCAAGUCGGGCGGGCUGCAGUACCUCAAGCUCUUCGGGGAAGUGUUCCGAGGAAGAACGGGAGAGCAUCAUUGCGCCCUAGGAAUUUUUAACGCUAGUGAUGGAUCCUCCCUGGUGAAUGCAGCGAAGUCGGCUACUACCGAUUUCCCAGAAAUCACGAUGCUUAUCAUCCAAGUUCAUAGCGAGAGGUCACCCACCCAAGACCAGCUCCGCACAAUUGCGCCUAACCCGGACAGCGCAGUCGUCAGUAAGGACGGCAUGGUAACGCUGGCGGAUGUCGCGGGCCAUCUGAGUUCCCUGGAAUCCUUUACCAUGCGAGGUCAUUAUCUGAUGCUCUCAUUGGGUCUGUUCGCACGCGGUUAUUGGACCAAGGAUGGCGAGGUGGGCAUCGCUAUAAAAAGCGUCCCCUUGGACUACCCUUCGGUGUGCAGGUGCAAAGCUGGAGAGUGUCGACGACUCGCGACUGGCGACUUUGGCAAAGUGGAUGCGACAGUACUAAGUUUUAGCCAAAACACGCUGGUAUUUUUUGACGGCACCAAGCAGAUAAACAAAAAGGCUAAGUCAAGACUUGACAUACUGCCCAAGAACUACACCGGUAUUGCAGCGUUCAACGUUGAGAUGGAUGACUUCGAUGGCACAUGCUACGUCCGAAAGUUCCCACGACUCAGUGCUAUCAGAGGCCGAAUUGAGGAUGCCAAAAAAACGUAGUGAGGCCGUCCUGGAGGCCAUUCACGGCACUUUUUUUUUCAACUGCAAUGCAUGAGAGGAGCGCAAGCAAAAGAAUGUGUAGGGUGAAGUGUUCCGGCCUGUGGGCCUAAGGGUUGAGUAAUUUAGCAUCGAGGCAUUAGUGGCUGUAGUGUGGUGUAAAAAAAAAAUAAACUGCGCUGAAUAAGCCGAAGGACAAUUGCUUGUGUGAGGGACUGCGACCAAAAACCACACUAGCGUGCUUUGUUUUUUUUUUUUUGCUCUUUUUCUCUGUUUGCAUGCAAUAAGAGUGCUCUUAUUCCCUCUAGCCCCAUUCACAUCGACUUUAUCUGUAAUGGCCAAAGCCGUUGUCCUAUGCAUGUUGCUUCAAAUAGGCAUAUUUGAAUAAUAAACUGUCCCGCGGUGGUGGCCAUUCAAGCAUUAUUAGUCUUGUUUCAAGUUCCGGCCAUAUGCUGAUCGUUUUUUCAAAUUACUUUCACUUACGUAAGCGAAACGGUGUGUCGCAAAAUUUAAAAAAAAGAUGGAUCAGUGAACGGCAUUCUGUAUACUUGAGCACCUUGAUGUUCAAUGUGACAUAUUAAAUAUGGGAGUCCAUGUUAUACCCGGUCAGCCUCAGCAGGAACAGUGUUCCGUAUAUUGGCAUCUAUCAAAGUUUCAGCACAGCCAUGUCUGCUGGUAUACCCCCUAAUUUAAUGGGAAUCCCUUCUGGAGCGGCACUUUCUUCCGUGUGCUUGGCAGGGCAAAAUUAAGAAAUAAAAUCAGCCGUGCGGCCGUGGCAACAGUUUAUUGAUGCUCGAGCGGGAAACGCCAUCCCGGUUGUCGUCUGCUAUGCACUCGACGAGCACACGACUUUCUCUGUAGGCGCCAAUGGAACGCAACAUCGGUUGCAUGUUUAUUUGCAGAUUGUUUUCCUCUUUCAGUUUUUGUUUUCAACGCACCCUUCGGCUUUUACUUUUCUUGUACUAGCAACAUGUGUGCAAGGCUUCUGUGUUAAAAGUUAUCUUUUUCUGUUCAAGAUGCGCGAGCCGGGGCUCCUGUUCUCGAAACGCACGGCGCACCUUAACGUCUAUCAUUUACUCUGGCCGUGCUCGCAAGCUCACAUAAACUGCGAACAAGACAAGCGCAAGAUUGAGGAAGCAGUCCGGACCGAAGAACUAGCUCCCCAACUCUGGGCUGUCCAGCAGGUCCACGACGCCGCCAGGAAACUCAACCUGCCGAUUCCGUCGUGGGAGACGCCCACUCCAUGAGAGCCCAAAGCUCUCGUGGCCUGCAGGACCUGGAAUGAAGUUGAUUUCCUUCCUUCCUUCGUAAACGUCAAUUUUAUGUCGCGUGACGUUGCGCCAUUGCAGGGGUCUUGCGAAAUAAUUGGUGGUGCGACGAGCUGCGCGAAUUAUGGUAAUGAGCAGCCAUAUGCGAUUCCGGGCGAGAGGAAUGCGUAUCGCCACAAUUUCUCGUUCGUUUGGCGCCAUUAAAAAUAUUUUGUUCUUAA